AUGGAGACACUGGUCUCAAACUCAACUCUUCUGUACAGUUUACCGGUCCCUCCUGCUCGUACAGUUACUUGUAACUCUAAGUUUCGCAAUCUUUCAUUCCGACUUCAGAAUCGAAGAAAAUCGGGGUUGAAGUUUAGUGGUUCCUUUUCUUCGAUUCGGACAGCAUCGAUAACUUGUGGAGUUACGGAAGUCAAUGAGAGUCAGUUCCCCGACGUGGUUUUGAGGUCAGACCGUCCGGUCCUCGUUGAGUUCGUGGCCAAUUGGUGUGGUCCUUGCCGUUUAAUGGCCCCCGCAGUCGAAUGGGUUGCUCAGGUUCAAAUCAUAACCACUUAAUUUUAAAUUUGCAUUUUUUUAUUCAAAUAAUUGCAUUCCUACUAGCAUUGAAAAGCUUUACUAAAUUUAAUAUAAGUCAUUGUCGGAGAUUAGAUAUUUGUCUCACGCAUGACGUCAAGUGCAAUUAUAUUAGAAAUACUAGAAAAAUGAAAAAGUUCUAUGUGUUUUGGGCAUUCGCAUUCGCAUAUUGAAGUUCUUACUUAUAGAGAAGCGACGCUUAUUAGGAAAUUUGUCAAGGAAAAUUUGAUCAUUGUACACUAGAAUUAUACGCAAUGUGAUUGCAUAUUUCAAGGAUUAGAAGUAGACAAAUCCUUUGCAUUAACUAGAAGGUGCUCUGUGCUUUCCCUUUCCAUUUAAGGAAGUGAUUAAAAAAGCAAUUUGACAAGAAGGAAAGGCAAAUGCUUCAUAAACAUAGCUCUAAGAAUAAUCUUUAUACGGAGCAGUGUGGUUGUGGGAUCUAUAUCUAUACUACUAAUAAAAGUACCUUAGAUGAAAAAUUUUUGAAUUCCUCUUCUGCACUUAAACAAAAUUAU